CGGCGACGCGUUAGUAGAGAAACCUUAUUAGACGUCCAGCCGCACAGAGAGAAAGAGGAGAAAUAGUAGAUAGACCUGCGCGCUGGAGGACAACUGGGUUGGCUUCUAAGUUAUUAUUAACAUCAAAGCGUGGGUGCUUUUUUUCUUUAAAGAUGAAGACAUCUUGAGGAUGGGUUGCACACAUUUGCAGUAAAAAGUCUGCAUCAUCGCGCACGAAAGAGAUUUUUUUUUUCACCGUCGGCUGGAGUUAAAACACAUCCGAUCACAAGGAGGAGGACCGAAGAUUGGAAGGCAUGUCGUCGGAAAAACACGGUCUCGAUGACUCUGGACGUCAGACCAUGCAGCCUCCUCCGUACCUCCCUGGCCCGCAAGACCCUAACGUACCCCAACACCCUAACAUGCAGCCUGCACCGGGCACCCAACCCAACUACCCUCCUCCGCCUCCUCCUCCGGGCUCAAACGGAUACCUACAAGAAACCCAGUUCCACUGCGGCCCGAUGGGAUCCCAGGGGCCCCCGCAGGGCUACACAGUCCAGACCCAGGGCCCCGGAGGCACCAUGGCCCCCCCCCCUGUAGGAUACCUCCACCCUGGCUACCCGCUUCAGCUACAGCCCUGCACAGCUUAUGUACCCAUCUACCCUAUGGCAUCGGGUCAAACCUACUUGCCAGCCACUAACGGCCAUCCAGGGAUCCCGCCGGGCCAGAUUCAUCCCAUGCAAAUGCCACCCAGCAUUACCCUAAUGGACCGUCGACCGCCACACGACUACCUGCCCAUCGCCGUGCUCACCACCGUCUGCUGCUUCUGGCCAACAGGCAUCAUUGCCAUCAUCAAAGCAGUGCAGGUGCGUACGGCGAUAGCCAGAGGGGACAUGGUGACGGCGGAAAUAGCCUCCCGCGAGGCGCGCAACUUCUCCUUCAUCAGCCUGGCUGUUGGCAUUGCCUCCAUUGUGCUGUGCACCAUCCUCACCGUGGUAAUCAUCAUUGCCUCGCAGCACCAUGAUGACGACUGGGAGCCGUAACUCCGUGCAGUGUCUGACAGAUGGGAAAUCAUGGCAUAUAUUAGCUAGCUAACUACUCUCAAUCGUUUGGAGGAAAUAGGAGCACUGAAAAUGCACACAAACUGCUACUGCAUUGCUGGCCCUCUGUGUACAGCUACACACACACAGCUCUGACCUAACCUGCUGCCAUCAAACACACACCGAUGACCAAAAAGAGCUAAUCACAGAUGAUGUUCAAACGUUACGUACAAGCAGCUGUCAAAUGAGGUCCAGUAUUGCUGUUAGCACAGCUGGCGCUUAAUAUUUACCCUCAGAUAAGAGCUGCAAGAGCGGCUCCUUGCAUUAACAAUUCAUUUGAUGCUGAUUAAUUCAUACGGAUGAUGUAGUUAGAUGAGAGGAUAGGUCACUGUGUAUUUCAGUUUUACAUAUUCCAAUGACAAAAUCUACCAAAUGGGCCCACACAAAUUCAUUUUUAGGACAUUUAAAUGCAUAUUUUUGUUUUACAAGUACAAGUAUACCUGUGUGUUUUUCUUUAAAAACAAAAAAAAACACCAUGUUGAAACAGUGUUGAUUUACAGAAUAGUAUUAUUGCUGAUGCACUUGGAUAAGAGACUGUAAAACUGAUUUAAAGUGUUGGGGGUGUGAUCAAUACACAUUUAACACACCAAAUGGAGACUGGACUGACAUAAAAGAGAGUCUAAUGUAACCAAACACAGAGUAUUUAUUUGAGAUCGUAUGUUUACGUGUUACAUGGACAUUUUAGCUGGAUGAGAUGGUACAUAACUUGUGAAUUAUAUGUUUGUCAGUGUAUUUAAAAUAUGUUAUUUAUUAAUUUAUUCAAUAUCUACCCAUGCAUUGACUUUAUCUGCUAUAAUUUACAGUAUAUCAGUAGUUUAUUGCAGCUAUCUGAAACUUUGAAAUUGGCUUAAAUUUGAUAUCUGAUGAUGAUGAUGUUGCACUUUGUAGUAACCAGAUAAAAUGACGCUGCUGCUUACAUUCAUAGUUCUUAUAGUGCAUGAUGAAUAUAAAUUUAAGCUAAAAUAGCUUUUGUCCCAGCUGUUUGUGGGGAUAUUUCCUAAAAUGUCUACAAGUGUGUGGUACAGUAUUUUUCAAAAUGUCGAACAAGCUACCGUCAAAACAAAAAAAGGAGGCAAUUUAGAUAUUAUAUUAGAUAAGUAUUUGAAUCUUAGGUUUACAAAUAUUGUUUUUGCAAGUAUUUUAGAAGUGUAUUAAGCCUAGUUUGUGUUGCACAUCACUUCCCUCUUUAAUCAAUCAGACAAUGUACAUGAAACUUUAGUGCAACAUCACACUUAUGAGGCAACAUAACCCUGCAUGUCAUCCUCAGUUUGUUUCCAUUUGUCUUAAAUAUUGAGGUUAGAUGUGCGCUGUGAGCUCCUAUAACUUUGUUUCACUAUUGUAAGAGUGAGUCAGGGUUCAGUGUGGUUUCCAUAAUGUAGCGUAGCUCUAAGCAGCAGGUGUACUGUUGUUUGUAAGAGCUGUAACAUUACAGUAUGAACUAUUAUGUGACGUUACAGGGGUUAUGGGAGCGCUGAAAAUGAAUGUUUCCGAUAGGAGAGAGAGAAAACAUUAUAAUGACUAUACUGUGUAGUAGCACUUUCCGCUCUAUGAAAUCUUUCCUCUCGUCCCCUCUCUUUUUGUCUUUCUCCUGUCCACAUGAGUUAUUGGACCUAUAAAUAUUCCCCUUUCUUCUGUUGGUCCCUAUGAUGAUGCUAUUUUUAAAAACAAUUAUACAGAGAUAUUAAAAAUUAUGAAAAUUAUGUUUGGUGACAAUGAACACGAAUAGUCAAUAUAAAUACAGUUUAUUCUGUAGUUUAUAUAUUCUUAUUCUUAUUAUUUAUUGCAUUUUAUCAUCUCCAAUGUAUGAUAUUAAGUACAUUAAACACAUCUGGGCCCAUAUUUAUCAAACUUGUAAAAAAUAACAGUUAAAAAUGCUCCGAAAAUCACAUGUAUCUUCAGAGCAGAAUUAACAAAUCAGAGACAAGGAUUUACCAAACAACUGCCUUAUUGCACCUCAUUGUCGUUUUUUACACUUUGGUCUUUGUAUGUAUUUAAAAAAGGAGAGAAAUAUUGUGUUAAUUAGUAAGUUUUAGAGGUGCUAGUAGGUGGAUUUUAUUACCGUUGGACAUACCCAGACUUUCCCUGCUGUUGCUAAGCUAACCAGCUUCUGGCUGUAGUAAGCGUGGUAUCGAUCUUCUCACCUAACUCCCACAUAAAUAAGCCAUUUAUUUAAUUGAGUAAAAGUGAAGGAUUUAUACUUUUACACUUGAUCCCUAAAUUUCACUUUUGUGUUUGAUAAAUACAGGCCCUGUCCUUAUAUUGACACAAUGAUUUUAAGUGUUAGAAGAGUAAAUGAAGCACAGUGCUGUUUAAUAUUAUUAUUGUAAAGACGGCUCUGACAGUGAGUGUGUGUCUACUGAAUAGAGUCACUAGCAUAUCUAGUUUACAUGCUGCAUCUCCCUGUGUGCUUUCUGAUAGGACUCUUCUGUGCUCAGCAACAUGAAUCGUAGCUGUUCACUACACAGCUGGGAGAUGUGUUCCUUAUUUUGUUUUCUGUUUUUUUCUUUUUUUUUUGAGCUUGUAAAUGCCAUGGGUUGCUUGUUCAAAGAGCCAAAAAAUUACCUGUGUUCAUGUGGUUCUCUUGGGGUUUAUUAUUCUAAUUAUGUUCAUGGCUGUGUUGCACAUGCAUUGGUUGUUUCUGACUUCAGUUGUUUGAGUAAUGAAUAAAAGAACAAUUUUGGGAUGUGAACGAUAA